GUAUUGACAGGAGUAGGAGGUGUGGCGUACAGACAGUGACAGCAUUUGACAUCUCUGGACGUGAUUAUGAUGUGAAUAUGACAUGAAUUGGUGGACAACUUAACGAGCGGUCAAUGAAUUGGCGAUAAGUUGAGUGAAUUGUGUGACAAUGAGUGCUAACAGUAAGGCGUUUGAGUUGUGGUCAGUGGCCGAGAAGGUGACCAUUGGUGAGAGGGUUAGGGUUAAGGUUGAAUGCAUUGAAUUUCGGGCCAAAAGUCUGUAUUUGGGAACAAAUGAGAGUUUUGUCAUUGAAUUGAAGUACAACUCAUUCACGAAGAGAUGUGAAGACAGUUUGCGAUUCAAAUACUUGGGACUCAAGAAGCCUGUGGUCACCAUAAGAGCCGUGUGUAUUCUGGAGCGCAUUCUCUGUAUCUGUGAUUCAAAUCUAAUUGUUUUAAACCAAAACGAUUUGGAAGUGAUUUCUUAUGGAAACAAAUUGAAAAAUAUUAGUGUUUUAUGUCUCAACGAAAACCCCUUAACUCCCAAUCCGUUUAGCGUUGAGUUAUGUAUCGCCCGAAUCGUUGAGUUAUGUAUCGCCCGAAGAAAGCAACUCAUUGUCUAUAAUAUGACGUCUGAGAAGAUUAUUGCCGUUAAAGAGAUUUCUUUGCCUGAGUUCGUGCUCUCGCUGUCAAUGGAUGGACAGUACAUAUGCGUGGGAACGGACUCACAGUUUCUGAUUGUCGACUGGGAUUCCGGACAUAUCCAAGACGUGUGCACUUCUGACUCACAGAUAGCUGUUCCCGUCUCCAAACGCAUCACUAAACAUGAGUUUCUUAUCUCCGGUCCCUCUUCUUUAGGACUAUUUGUCAAAAGCACAGGUAUUUCUGAGAGACCACCGAUUCAGUGGACCUCUGAUAUAGUGUCGAUCGCAUACUCGCACCCAUACAUCAUAAGCCUCAGCGAUUCGCUGAUUUCUAUAUUCAGUGUAGUCGACCAACAGCUCAAACAACGAAUAUCAUUAACCGGUGGACUAUAUUUAGACAAUUUUGAUGGCAGUGUUUUAAUCGCCACAAUAGACAGUGUGUAUGAAUUGAGACCAAUUCCAUGGGAAAAACAACUUCAAUCUCUUCUGAAGCUUAAGAAAGUGAAAGAAGCGCUUGAUUUGAGUCACAACUGGCGAGAGGCGGGACUGUCGCACGAGAACUACCAUCAGAUCCUAAUGAAAGUCAAGAGGGACUCGGCUUUCAUUGAGUUAUCUUUCAAACACUUUGAUGAAGCGAAACAACUGUUUAUUGAGUCAAAUGCAGACGUUCUUGAAUUACUUGACUUAUAUCCAGAUUAUAUACCUCUUAAUCAUAAACUCGAAACUCCUGUCAAAUACUUUGUCGAUAACUUCCAAAACGAGAAAUUUCACACAUAUUUGGCCCUUAAAUAUAUCGAUCAAUUGGUUGAACUCAUUCAGAGGAAUGACAUCGAGUCUGAAGACGUGAAACAAUUGCGACAAAGACUGAGAGUAUUAUUGCGAGAAUCGACUCUUUAUAAAACAAAAAUAGUUUUAGAGAAAGUAAUUGAAGCGAAACUGGAUUACGAAAGCGCUUUACUUUACGGCAGAUUAGGAGAUCACGAGAGAGCUCUCACUAUAUUUGUGCGACAAUUAAAUGACUACAAACUCGCCCAACAGUAUUGCACUGAACUAUAUUCCUCAGAAAAGCAACUCAAACAACGCUACCAACUCUUUCAUACACUUCUCGGCAUUUAUCUCGAUAUCGAUCAAAGAAAUGUAAACGAAUUAGUGAGUCCUGCCCUACAGUUGCUUAAUAGCGAGGGCUCAGAAUUAGACCCAAUCCGAGUGUUGCAUAUGAUUCCCCAGAAGUGGACCCUUUCCAUGAUUGACCACUUCCUCAACAAAGCUGUUCGUCAGUCAAUGCAUGGAUUGCGUCAAUCAAUGGUCACUAAAGGUGUCGUAUGGGUAGAGGUGUAUGAGAUAGUGCUGGAGUGGACGCAUGCGUGCGAUGUGUGA